AUGGAUGGUGGCAGACAGGACGAUCCAAGUUCCAAAUUUGUGUCCGAAUCGCUUGAUGGAGUUACAGUUCGUUCAACCGUGCCGGACAGACCCCGCUACAAGGUUGUUCAGGACAAAGAUGGCCAAACCUAUGCGCAGGGUGUUCGUCUUCAAACUGAAAAGGUUGAGCGUGCAAGCCGAAAAUUGCAGGCUUUUGAGGUCAAAGAGAUAGAAAUCCAAACAGAAGGGGCCGGAGAAGGCUUGAGCGAAGAGGUGGCUGUAGAUGAGCAACAACUGGCCACGUUUCUGCGGGAAGUGGUGCCAGUCAUGGAGCAGGAGUUGCAGUUGGCAUGGCGCUCUUUGCCUGUGUUUGAUGCCUACGUGCCAUUGUGGGACGAUGUGGCUGAGACCUGUGAGAUGACUCAUCAGGUGUGGAAGGAAGGGCUGGUUGAUCUUCAGGUCACAAGUGUAGCUUGGAAUUCCACGGGCGCAUCUUUGGCAUGUGCUUUUGGAAAGCUGGACACGCUUGGCUGGUGUGAAGUGACUGCGCCGGUGUGCGUGUGGAACAUCUUUAGGCCGCAGCUCGUAGCUGGCGAGCCUGACACCGUGCUCCAAGUUCAAGGUUUUGUGAUGUGUAUUGCCUUCCAUCCGACCAAGCCAAGCAUUUUGGCGGGGGGCACCUACAACGGCGAACUGCAGAUUUGGCCUGGUGCUUGGAGAAGUGCGAAGAUGGAUGCGCUGGUCAUGAACACGGGCUCUGGAGAGCUGGAUCCACUGGUAGAGAUGAAGGGUGGAAUCGGAACUGGGGAUGGUGAGCCCCGGGCACCGACGGCACCGACCGCGGCGCCUGGGCCGCUGGCUGGCACGGCUGCACUGGCACUGGGACUGCGCGCCUGUCAGCGCAUGCGUCGAAGGGCGACCUUGUCAGCUGUGGCUACUGCAACCCUCAAGGAGUCGUCCGCCGACGUCGCCGAGCGACGGAGGCUUCAGGAGCUGGUCUCCAAGUGGCGGGCCGAUGAUGCUGAAGCCUGGGCCAGUCUAGCGCUCACAGCGACGUUGUAUGUGGGCUCUUUGGCCGUGCUUCACUUGAGCGGAGGACAUUGGGCCGCGAUCAUACUGCUUGCCUUUGCUCUAGUGCGAGCCUUUAUCGUUUUUCAUGAUGCCGCUCACUCAUCUUUCUUUGAGAAGCCAGAGCACAACAAGACGCUUGGCCAAGUGUUGCAGUUCUUUAUCAACUACAGCCUGGACGAGUGGAAUACGGUGCAUAAUUCUCACCACGCACACUUUGGUGAUGUCACCGUGAAGGACAGCUCGCUCACCAUUUGGUUUUCCGAGAAAGAACUGGAGAAUGCACCAUGGUACCUGUGGCUGGCACAUCGAAUUAUUCGCGAUCCGAUCUUUUUUUAUCCAUUAGCUGGGCUCUUUGUGUUCUUCCUCAACAAGCCCGCCCAGCACUUCCCAUACCGAACCCUUGUUCCUUUCCUUGUUUGGUACUUUCUUGGUAUGCAGACCCUUUGCGCAUACUUCUUAGCAGCCUGGCUAGGUGGAUCCUUAGGUGUCGCCUGCUUUCACUUGCAACACCAUUGCAAUUCACCGUACCGUGUCCCAGAUGAUUCCAGCAGGACGCAUUUGGAUGCGGCCAUUGUCGGAAGCACAAGGAUUCCACUCGCUUGGCCACUGUCUGUGUUUUCCUUUGGGAUCGAGUACCACCACAUUCACCACUUCGACAUUCGUGUUCCAGGCUAUCGCUUGGAAAGAUGUGAUGCUGAGGGGGAGGCAAAGCGUCAGAUGCUGGGGGAACUCCGCGAUUCAGCUCCUUUUGGCCGUACUCUGCGCUGGGCUUGCAGGUCAAGGAUGAACUUGGAUGAAGCCAUUCCAGGGGCCUUGACGAAGCUGUGGGGUCAAAAAGCAGCGGUCUCUGCGGUGCGAUUGAAUGCUUUAGAUGGCUGUGGAUGA